AUGAAGAAGAAGAUGCGAAAGAGUUGCCUAGACCUUAUCACUUCCAUAGUUCCAUCCCUUAUCGAACUUGUUGGUAAAGUCCCAACUCCAAGCCCUGAUAACCAGCUUAAAGGCACCAUCAGCAGUAACAGAGGGAUUCUUGUCAGGCUCGUUCUCAGAUCUCGUUGGAAUCCUCUCGCAACACCGUCUCUGACUGAGAGCUCGUCUUCUCUUCUCUUCCUACCAAUUUCUCUAUCAAUCUCACGAUCACUGGGUCAGAGCUCGAGCUCGCUGUUCUCUCUCUCUCUCUCUCUGAAAACCUCCUCAUCGGCAAAUCUCAUCGCCAUUGAACGCUGGAAUCCAGACCGUUGGAUAUCCUCUCUGAUCACCUCCCUCUGCUGGAGACCCUCCUGUCGUUCUCUGGUGGAAUCAAGCUCUCAAAUCUUGAUGGUGUUGGAUUGCAAUUGUAGGAAAGUUUUUGAAGUUGGGUUGCUUCCGGAAAGAUCAUAUCAAGUUGAAGAGUCAAAGUUGGGUUCUUGGUAA